GUCGGGGCGGCGGCGCGGAGGGGUGCGGAGCUCGGGAGCGCUGCGCUGCUCGUGGCGGUGAUUUGGGGGGGGGAAGGGGGAAAAAGGGGGAAGGUUCCGACAUGGAGGCGCCGCCCGCUCCCCCCGCCGUGCCGCCGGCUCCCUGCAGCGCCGCCCGCAGCCUGCAGGACGAGCUGACGUGCCCGGUGUGCCUGGAGUACUUCACCGACCCGGUGCUGGUGGCCGAGUGCGGCCACAACUUCUGCCGGGCCUGCGUCACCCAGUGCUGGGAGGACUCGGCGAGGCGCCUCUGCUGCCCGCAGUGCCGGGAACCGGUGCCGCAGCGGCUUUUCCGCCCCAACCGCUCCCUCGGCAACAUCGUCCACAUCGUCCGCCAGCUGGGGCUGCCCCCCGGCCCCGCCGAGCCUCCCCCGGGGCCUCCGGCCCCAUCUCCGCCUCUGCCCGCCGCCGCUCCGCCGGGUCCCCCGGGGCCUCCGCGGUGUCCCCGGCACGGGGAACCCUUGAGGCUUUUCUGCGUUCAGGACCGCCGGGCCGUCUGCGUGGUUUGCCACCUUUCCAGGGAGCACCGCACCCACACCGUGCUGCCCGCCGAGGAGGCGGCACACGCCGCCGAGAUCUCUUCCUCCUUCCAGGAGGUGCCGCAGGAACAUCUGAGCUCCCUGCGGAAAGGACGUGAAGAAGCCAAGGCCGAGAGGGAGAGGCAGAGCGAAGAUUUGCUGAAGCAGACAGAAGUGGAGAGGCAGAAGAUCGUGGCCGAGUGCAAGGAGCUGCGAGGUUUCCUGGAGGAGAAGGAGCAGCUCCUGCUGUCCCGCCUGGAGGAAUUAGACAGAGACAUCGUCAAGAGGAGAGAUGAGAGCGUCUCCAGGCUCUCCGAGGAGAUCGCCCAGCUCGAUAAGUUGUUGGGGGAGCAGGGAGGAGAAAACGGCCCCGGGAACCAGUCCGGGCAGGUUGUCACCACGGCUGGAAGCAGCUUUGAGAGCUGGAUGUUUUGCAAGCCGGAGGCCGGCUUUGCCGAGCUGGAGAAGAAACUGAAGAGCUUCUCCCAGAAGAGCGCGGUGCUGAAAGAGGUCCUGCUGGAGUUCAAGGAAAACCUUCGGUUUGAGUUGGAGAAUGAUACAGGCGAUCUCUCUCUGGAUCCGGACACGGCCAACCCCUACCUGGUGCUGUCGGAGGACAAGAGGAGUGUGAGGCUCCGGAGUGCCCCCCAGGAGCUGCCCGCCAACCCCAAAAGAUUCGAUUAUUCCUUCUGCGUGCUGGCGGCCGAGGGUUUCGUGGCUGGGAGGCAUUACUGGGAGGUGGAGGUGGGCGACGGGGAGAGCUGGGUGCUGGGGGCUGCCCGCGAGUCGGUGCGGAGGAAGGAAAAAAUCGACUUCGCGCCCGAGGAAGGGAUUUGGGCGGUGGGGUUGAACUGGAAGGGGAAAAAUUGGGAUCAGUACCAGGCUUUCACCUCCCCGGAGACGCCCCUGUCCCUGUGCGAGAGGCCCAGGAAGAUCGGGGUGUACCUGGACUACGAAGGCGGCUGGGUGGCGUUUUACAACGCCGAUAACAUGGCUCCCAUCUUCACCUUCACCGCCGCUUUCACCGAAAAGAUUUUCCCUUUCUUCUGGCUCUUCUAUGUGGGCUCCUCGCUCUCCCUUUGCAAUUGACCCGUCUGAUUUCUUUCUUUUUCCUUCCCUCCCUCCCCGAGGUGACCUGCAAGUAGUUCCCCGAUCCCCUUCCCUUUUUUUUCCCCCCUUGCUUUCAGACAAAAAGCCCCCAAAACUCGUUCGUGUUUUCCUAGUUAGCUUUGGGGGGGGAGUUUCCUCUUUUUGUUUUUUUUUUUUUUCUUUUUUUCGUUCUUGCAUUUAAAAAAAAAACGUUUGGGUCGCUUUUACCCCGAAAAAGGUUUUCAGGGGGCAUCAACCGUUGAGGGUGGACAAACCCGGCUGCUUCAGGAGCCCCUCUCUGAGGUUAUUUUCUCCUCUUUCCUCACGCUCUGGCCUGCCCUAUAAGCAACCCUUUCCCCUUCUCCUUGUUUUAAGCUGGCUGCCCCCGUGGCAAACCAGGGAGAAGAGCCCCGUUUGGGGUUUUCGCUUUCCUUUGGGGUUUUUCGCUUUCCUGCCUUCAGCCCCGUAGCAAAGCCGCCUGCUUCGUGCACCCCAAAAAGCUCUCGAGGGCUAGAAAACCUGUGUGAGGAGGAAAGGUACCGUACCCAAAUCCCAAUUUCUGACACCGUUCCUCUGCAGGUCACCUUUUUAGCAGUUUUUUCCCCCUUUGUCCUCGCUUUUCCCUUCCUCGGGAAGGGGCCCAGCCUGUCUUUUGCUGCCACUAGAGAGCAAAAACCCCCCUGAUCUUCUCCCCCUUCCCAUUGCUGAGGGUUUGUAGGGCCGAGGCAGGGCGAGCUGGGGGUGCUGGGUGCCACCCCAAAAGCUGGGAAGAGCCGUGGGCGUGCUGCCAACCUGGAGUCUCCUUUUGGGCUCAGUUUAGGGGAUUUUGGCUGCGGGGUGGGGAAGGGGGGGAAGGCUCGUUUUUUAGGUGUGACCUCGCGCGUGCUUACACCCUGCCCACCCUCGUGUGCCCCCCCCUCGCGAUGCUGUUACGUCUCUUUGCCCUGUUCACUCUGUUUAGUGGGGAAAUAAAAGUUGCUGUGCAAAAGAAAAAAAAAAAAAAA